AUGUUAAAAACUCAAGUUAUUCAGGGUAGCGAAGCAUGGAAGGUAUACUUUAAUCCAUUAGGACAGGAAAUUGUUGAUGAAUUCGCUAUUCGUUAUGGGAUUGAACCAAUUUUUCAGGCUAUGACACAUUUUGCCUGUCUAACAGCCAAGUAUAAUUGCCCUGGUGUUCCUGCUCAAUUAUCUGUUCUGUUAGCCAACAUAAAUGCCUUUUAUGCGCAUACAACAUCAUCAAACAGUCAAACAGCCAGUGAACGUUUCAGUGCUAGCAAUUUUGGACGUGAGAAAUUUAUUAAACUGUUGGACAAUUUAUACAUUGCUAUAAGGAUUGACCUAUCAAAAUAUCGGACUGUAUUUCCGGCAUCUCAACCAGAAAGAUUAAUUGAUUUGAAAUCCACUGUUGAUUUGCUCACAAGUAUCACAUUUUUCAGACUUAAAGUUCAAGAACUCAGCUCUCCACCGAGGACAGGUCAAAUAUUACGUGAAUGUAUUGAAGCUUGUAUACAAUCCACCUAUCAGUGCCUCUGUGAAAAUGUACACGAUUUAUACGGAAAGAGUUUACAGGCAACAAACACAGAGUCCGGAGUCUCAGAAUGUGGAUCCGAAAAUACAAGUAGUGGAGCGGGUGGUGGACAGCUGAUAAACGGUGAAUUGGAUCAAAUGGAUGGCAUGCGUUCACUAACCUAUUGGCAUCGUCUUAUCACUCUCGUUGUAUCUGUACUGGAAGACGAUAGAAAGCAUUACGCCCCAGUAUUAAAUCAAUUUCCUCAUGAAAUUAAUCUAGGCGAUAUGUCUGCUGAAAUGGUAUGGAAAUGUCUCUCUGAAGAUCUGGCCAAUGGAUUAGCUCAACAUACACUUGCAGCUAAGUAUUACUUUAAUAGUACAGAAGAAGAUACACUGGACAGUUUACCACAGAUGGAGAAAUUACGUCAAGCAAAAUUGAAAGCAAUACAACAGGAAAUUGGACUAAGAAGUAGAAUGCCUAAGAUAAAGUCAUCGGAUUACAUGAAUCUUUGUUUCCGUGUUAAAUGGUUUUACAACACGUAUAUAGCACCAUUGGCAAGAUUUAAAAAUGUUGUCCCCGAAUAUCCACGCUGGUUCGAAGGUCUUGUAUUAAUUUGGUUGUCUGAAAAUGAUGAAGUCUCUGCAAAUUAUCUAAGAAAUGCCUAUGAUCGGGAUAAACAAGACGGUUUCCAAUGUUCCAGUGAACAUGUAUUAUAUUCAAAUUCUGUUGUCGAUGUAUUCACUCAGCUGAAUCAAUGCUUUGAUGUGAUUCGUAAACUGGAAUGUCCAGACAAAGAAGUAGAAGGACACUUUUUGCAUAGGUUCUCAUUAACUGUGGAAAAAGUCCUGUUAGCUUAUGCAGAUCGUGUAUUAGCCGAUUUUCCAAUGUAUAAAUCAGAUCAACGUGUUGCAUGUAUCCUAGUGAAUAAUACUCAACAACUUCGAGUACAACUGGAAAAAGUUUAUGAGAAUAUGGCACGUGAAAGUCUUGAAUCGAACACUCGAGAUCGUCUGAGUGCCCUUCAAGGUCGGCUAAAUGAAGUUGUUGAUAAAUUGGCAGUUCAGUUGACAGAUCAAUUUGAAGCUGGUGUACAUUCACAUGCACGAGAAUGUGGUAGGCUAUUACAAAAAUGUAAGCCAUCAUCAAGUAGUUCAGAUAGUUCAGGUGGUCGUGGUGUCAAUAAAGAAGAUGAAGCAAAUGAAUGUUUACAACCCUUAAUGGAUCAUUUCGAAUCGAUUCUUUCUAUCCUGGCAAAUAUUUGUGACAAAACUGUUUUGAAAAGAGUGUUGAAACAACUAUGGAGAGUGACAAUGUGUAAUCUAGAAAAACUUGUAGUCCUACCAGCAGUUACAGAUCAAAAACAAGUAAGUAUAAGAUGUUGA